CACACUUUCAUCCUCAUUCCGCCGGUCGCCCCUUUGUUUCUCACCGCAAUCCUCCUCCUCCUCUACGCCUCCUUCCCUUCUUCUCUUACUCUAUACUCAAGGCAUGAAGUUUUCCUUGUGUAUUCUAUCGGCUAUCGCCACUGUAGCCUAUGCCGCUGCCGAUCAGGCGACCCAGGACCAGGUUUAUCAGUCGUACACUGCCGCAGUCUUCCCAAUACCUCCAAAUGACCUCCAAUUCCGCUGGCAGAAAAACAAGGACGCCUAUUAUGGUGCGCUCAAGACCUUCAACAAUCUCAUUACCCCCAAGGAGUUCCCCGCCAGUGCCUUGCCCUUGGCCAUCGUGGCCCCUUCCAAGGCCAACAACCGUGGUAUCGGUCGCGCCAUUCAAGUCGCCAAAAACUUUGGUCUGCGUGUCUCUGCCCGCUCUGGUGGUUACCAGUCCGGAUACUCCUCCAACAUGGCCGCUAUUGACAGCAACCAAGAGGACUUUGUCUUGAUUGACCUUCACAAGCUGAGACAGGUUACCAUCAACCCAAAGACCAGAACUGCCACCGUAGAACCUGGUGCUACUGGCUUGGACCUUUAUACUCAGGCCAUAAAGUACGGGCUCCACUUUCCUGGUCCCCAUACUGCUCGAGUCACUUUCGGCGGAUUCCUUCUCCAAGGAGGUAUGGGCAUCGGAUCCCGCCUCCACGGCGCUGGCGUUGACAACGUCAUUGGCUUCGACAUUGUUAUUGACUCUGGCCGCACUGUCUAUGCUGACGCCAAGACGAACAGUGACCUCUUUUACGCUGUCCGUGGAGGUGGACAAUUCUUUGGCGUGGUCACCAAGUUCUACCUCAAGCUGGUCCCCAUGGUCGAGAACCCUACACUGGUCCCUACCUACAAUGAAACCUCCGUCCCCAUCGACCAGGUCUUUGCCAUCUUUGAUCGCCCCCAGGCUAAUGAUCUAUUGAGUUUCUACAGCGCCUUUGACCCCAUCGCUCCCAAGGCACUCGAGAACAAGAUCGUCUUCGUUGUGGAUGAAGCGACUAGCAGCAAGCAGUACCUCUUCGCCUCGGUGUCUGCUGCCCCGCACAACACUUCCUCCAAGGUCACCACUGCUCAGAACCAUAUCACCGAGUGGUACAAGGGUCUUCCUACGAAUUUUGCUACCUCUGAUCCUAGCAACUAUGCUGGCGUCAUCCAUGGCGGCGAUAGCAGCUGGGCGGAUUCUGAUCUCUCUUAUUACGCCGAGGAUGUCUGGUUUCCUGUUCCCUUGGAUCCUCGUCUCCAGCAGAUAUUGAUUGAGCAAUGGGACAAGGUUCCCUCCAACCUCUCUUCCAUGGCUUUGAACACAGGUACCUGGGACGCACCCACCCGCAGCGCUCUCGGGUAUGAUCGCUCUUAUUCUUUGUGCGUCUACUCGACCUGGAAGCGUAAUGGAGACCCUGAAUGGGACGCCAAAAACAAGGCCUGGCUAGACGAGACCAUCGCUGCCAUCAAGCCCUGGACUUUGGGCUACUACGCCAACGAACUGCGUCCCAAGCAGCUCGGGGACCAGGACUACUGGCGUAAGUGCUACGAGCAAAAGACCUACGAUACCUUAGCCGCCGUCAAAAGUCGCUGGGACCCUCUCAACGUCUUCAAGAGCCUUUAAACUCAUGCGCUCAGAAAUGAUGCUGGCUAGUCUAGGCGUCCUCAUUACGUUCACAUCGUACACCUAAUAGAACUCAAUAAAGCAGCG